AUGAGGAGACUGUUGCUGCUGGGGGUGACGGCCUUCUGUCUCUGUGUGUUUGUCGCCGCUGACACACAGCAAAACCGACAGGGAGAAAAAUCUCUCCCCGAGAAAGAUGGAGUUUUGCAGCUGAAAAAGGGAAAUUUCAACAGGGCACUGAGAAAAUACAAGCAGCUCCUGGUGCAUUUCUAUGCUCCUCUCUCUGGAGAAGGUUAUCGUGUAUCAGCAGCUUUCGAAGGUGCUGCUGCAAAGCUUCAGGAGUCAGAGGUCAAACUGGCAGUCGUUGAUGUCACAAAGGAAAAGGACCUGGCUAAAGAUCUCAAUGCCACAGGUCCCCCGACAAUCAGGCUGUACCUCGCUGGAGAUAAACAAAACCCUGUACCCUGCCCUGUUCCUCAGAGCUCAGCCUCCAUCUUGACCUGGCUGAAGAGGCGGGCAGGGUCUGCCGCUGAUCUCAUCACAGAUCUUAGCCAAUCAGAAGCCUCAGAUGAGCUGACAGUGGUUGGAUUUUUUAAGGAGCUGGACCAAGAGUAUGCCCAGAUGUUCUACUCUGCAGCCGUCGACCUACCUGACGUUAACUUCGUUGUGACACAGAACAAUGAAGUUAUCAGUAAAUAUGGCCUCACACAUGAUGUUGUCCUGCUGCUCAAAAAGUCUAAACUCAUCCAGGCUUAUAAAAUGAUGCCUCAGACAUCUAAAGAGGAGCUGAUCGUCUUUAUCACUGUCUACCAGAUGGACCCAGCCACUGAGUACACCGGAAAGACAGCCACUCAGAUCUUAACCUCACCUGUGUUAAACCACGCCCUCCUGUUUGUUAACAAAAGCUCUGCAGACUUCGAAGAGAUCCACUCUGCCUUUAACAAUGCUGCAGAGGCAUUCAGAUUGAAGAUUUUGUUUGUGUGGGUGAACGUGGAUGAGCCUCGUAAUGGCAGGCUGAUGGAAUACUUCCGAGUACGAGAUUUUGAGGCUCCUCUCAUCCGAUUGGUCAACCUGACAGACCAUGUGACCUAUCACCUGCCCUCUGACACUCUGGAUGUAGGGAUCAUAAAACAAUUCUGUCAGUCCUACCUGGAGGGCAAAGCUAAGCCUAAGAUGCAGAGUGAGCCGAUACCUGAGGGAUGGGACAAAAAGCUGGUGAAGGAGCUGGUGGGAAUGACUCUGGAGAAAGUUGCCUUUAACCCCGACAAGACAGUUUUUGUCCUGUUCUAUCUGCCCUACAGUCAAGAGUCCCGUGCUCUGUUCCCGCUGUGGGAGGAACUGGCCGAGGCCUUAAAGGAGCGAGGGGACGUGGUUGUCGCUCGCAUCGAUGCCUCAGCCAAUGACAUUAACAUGUCGAUGAAGGGAUCUUACCCAUCACUCUGCCUGUUUCCUGCUCUGUAUGCUGAAAGGAUGGUGGUUUACACUGGAAAAAGGAAGUUGAAGGACCUGGUAAAGUUUGUAGAUAAAGAGAUGGAAAAAGCCAAAAAAGACAGAGUUAAGGAGGAUGAAGACAGGAGGAACUACAUCGAGACCAUAAAAGCUGAAGAGGCCAAAAAAGCCAACCAAACCAAAGACGAGCUUUAA